ACAUCCACCCACUUUCAACCAAGUAUACCGAACCAACGAACUGUUACGAUGAAGAAAAAGUUAGGAAUAAUUAUUACAAUUGUUAAUGCAAACGAUUGGUGAAUUAAUAUUAAUAUUAAUAUAUUGGUUAUUUAGUUUGAAGUUUAUAUUCUCCAAAUGUUAAUUAAAGCUGGUAAAUAUUCUUGAUCGAACAUAACAUGGCGAGAAUAUUUAAUUUACAUAGUACUAUAUCUUUCCAUCAUUCAGAAAUGUCGAUUUAAGGGUGGGAAACAAAGUUACGAAUCAUAAUGUAGGUUAAAUGGAAAGAAACGAACGAGCAGGUGUUCAAUACGCGGAAUCAAAAGCUCGCUGCAUAAUUAAUAGUUUGCGGCGAUCUUCGUGACAAUCGGAAGUUACCGAUCGAUAGUUACGAACGACUUUUCGUUACCCCUGUAUUUCAUUAAAAAUUCUUCGUAGUUUGUAUUAGUUUCCAAUUCAUAGUAUGCAAAAGUUGAAAUCGUUUGCCCUUUACGUCUUGAAGAUACCCUAAAGUCCAAACUAUCGUUUUUAUAAAAACAUUGCUUUGAACUGAAUACGCUUUAGUACCGAAAAUUCCUUAAAAGUAUUAUUUUUAGGAACCCUAAAUGCUAUUAAUAUGACCUGAAGAAUAUAAAAGUAUUUGUACCUAACGUAUAUUUUUACGAGUCGAUAAACGUAAAAGAUAUAUAUAUGCUUAGCAUACAUGUUAUUAAAACAGUCUAGAAGUAAAAUCAAAGUAACAGUAAAGGAUGGAAAUGAUAUAAUUCUGGACAUAGAGGAUUAUGCUGUUUAUCCCUGCUGGUAUUUGCCGAAUCACUCAGAGAAUGUCAAUAGCCAUAACUUCCAUCGUGAAAACUUUCCUGAGAACCUUUUACUGUCAACUUCCUCGAGCCACCCCAACCCACCUCAACCGCGCCACCCCUGUUUAGGAAAGUGGGAAACGUGAGCAACGUAAAUUAUCGAGUCGCAUAAACGUACCGGGUCGUCGUAGAGUAGAUAUUAUGACGUUCACGAAACUCAUGCCGACUCGUAAUGUUCAUCCAAAACGUGCACGUUCUCGAGGGAUCGUGUCGAGGCUGCAACAAGUCCCUCGAGUGUGCUCAAGACCGAGGAUCCUGGCAUUGACACUCCGUCUCUGAAGGUAUCGUGUAUUAUUUAACGCGCGGUAGAUCAAUGGCGUCUUAUGGAUCGGCCGGACGGUGGUUUUCCGCGAUGGCGCGUAGUGUUUUCGCGAUGGCGACGCACUUGACCACGACUACUCGACCAGCAACCUGGAACACCGCGUGAAGUCAACGUUGAUCCUGAACUCACGAAUCCUGAAAUAAACUUGCAAAAGACAGGAUGCUAGCUGGUUUCAGGCGCGUGUUCAAGUGUUCCCUGCCAACGUGUCAUAAUUUCCACUUUCCAGGGAUGGAGAAGGCAGAGUCCUCCAACGAGGACGAUAGCAAUACCGAGCUGGAGGACCGGGACCCCAACAGCUUGAACAAACACCUUCAGGUGAUGUGGGAUGAUGUGAUCGGGGAACCGGAAGGAAUACGCAGUCCGGAGUGCGCGUGGCGUUUAAGCGGUCACUGCUUCCGGUUGUCCAGAAGCUGCUGUUACGUGUUUCUCUCGGUCCUCGUAUCACCUUUACUCGCCCUUUGCUUCGGUUUUACGUUUGCCUGCCUCGCGUUUCAGCAUAUAUGGUGUCUGGCGCCAUGCCUCCGCGUUUGGAAGAUCAGCUGCGCGGCGACGAGGAAUUUUCUCAGUGCCGUGACACACGCCAUCGUGAAACCAGUUAUGGAAUCCCUAGGCUAUCUGUUUCACAAUAUUCGGGUGUAUAAUCAGAAGUUACCGGAUGGUUCAGCACAAAAAGACGACAUUCUCGUUGUAUAAAAUCGGAUCAUAAAACGAUAAAGUUUUGCAUUCGCAAAGCAUCGAAGUGCCUUUUAAAUCAAUCAGCAACAAUCAGCAUAAAACAUUCCACGAAACGAAUCGCUUCUCUUAACGUUCUCCGUCAGUCCCUUCUUCGUUUUCCAACCUGCAAUCGUUUCUCAUGUUUCCACUUCGUGAUCGCAGUUUUAAUUGUUUACGAUGUAGAAUUGUCAGUAGCGCGAUUCUCGUUAAUAUUUGGUCAUUAGAUCUAUAUAUCUAUUGUUAUAAAGUUUUAUAAAUAAAAUAUACUCUAUGAAGAACACCUGUUGGAAGUCAAUCAAUAGACAAUCAAAUCAAUUGUUUAGCCAUUUCAGAACCGAAUU